AUGCCACCCCUUGAAGGAGGUAGUGAUGGUGAGUCACCAAAUGAAGAGGAGUUUAGUGCACCCGAGGGUCACUUUGGGACCGCCUUGGUUGCACGAAGAGCAUUAACUGCACGUGUUAAGGAGGAUGAGCUUCAACGGGAGAACAUCUUCUACACUAGGUGCUUCGUCAAUCAAGCACUUUGUAGUAUGAUUAUUGAUAGUGGGAGCUGCACAAAUGUAGCUAGUUCACUCAUGGUGGACAACUUGAAACUGCCUACGAGGGAUCACCCGCGCCCCUACAAACUCCAAUGGCUCAACAAUUCUGGAGAGGUUCGAGUAACCAAACAGGUUCUGAUAUCCUUCCAAAUUCAUAAAUACUCUGAUGAAGUAUUAUGUGAUGUUGUACCUAUGCAGGCUAGUCACAUUAUACUAGGUAGGUCGUGGCAGUUUGACAGGCAGGAGUACGCUGAUGUCUUCCCCGAGGACAUGCCAAGUGGAUUGCCACCACUUAGGGGCAUUGAGCAUCAAAUUGACUUCAUCCCUGGAGCUUCAUUACCAAAUCGCCCAACUUACAAGAGCAACCCGGAGGAGACUAAGGAGUUACAAAGCAAAUCUUAUGAUGAACACCUAGAGCAUAUUAGGGCUGUUAUGGAUGUACUUCGAAGAGAGAAGCUCUAUGCCAAUCUCAAGAAGUGCAAUUUUUGCACUAACGAGCUUGUGUUCCUAGGGUUUGUUAUAAGUGCGCAGGGAAUAAAGGUGGAUGAUCAAAAGGUGAAAGCUAUUCAAGAGUGGCCAACACCAAGGUCUGUGGGUGACGUUCGAAGCUUCCAUGGCCUUGCGGGUUUUUAUAGGAGAUUCGUGAGGGACUUUAGCACUAUUGCUGCACCCUUGACCGAGUUGAUCAAGAAGAAUGAGAACUUCCAUUGGGGAGAUUCUCAAGAACAAGCCUUUCGCGCUUUAAAGCACAAACUCACACAUGCACCUGUACUUGCUUUACUUGACUUUUCUAAGACAUUUGAAAUUGAUUGUGAUGCUUUAGGUAUUGGAGUUAGAGCUGUGUUGAACCAAGGAGGAAGACCUGUUGCCUACUUUAGUGAGAAACUCAAUGGGGCUGCACUGAACUACUCAACUUAUGAUAAAGAGUUGUACUCUCUACUCACUUCCUUAGAUGCUAAGUUGUUAGGGUUUGAGCUUAUUAAAGACAUCUAUGCACAAGAUAGUGAUUUCGGUGAACUUUACCUUUCUUGCAAACACACUGGGCAAGGUAAAUUCUUCAUUUCCGAUGGUUACUUGUUUUAUGCCAAUCGGCUUUGCAUCCCACAUGGAUCCAUCCGCGAACUUUUGAUACGAGAAUCCCAUUCGGGUGGCCUUAUGGGACAUUUUGGGAUUGAUAAGACUCUUGCCAUGCUGCAGGAGCACUUCUAUUGGCCGCACAUGAGGAGAGAUAUUGCACGAGUGGUAGAGCGAUGCUUAGCUUGUAAGAAAGCUAAAUCCAAGGUACACCCGUAUGGCCUUUACACCCCGUUACCUAUUUCUAGUGCACCAUGGGUUGACAUUUCUAUGGAUUUUAUACUUGGUUUGCCUGGAUCCAAGUAUGGCCAUGACUCCAUUUAUGUGGUUGUUGAUAGAUUCUCUAAAAUGGCACACUUCAUUGCUUGUCAUAAAACGGAUGAUGCAUCUCAUAUUACUAAUUUGUUCUUUAAAGAGAUUGUGAGAUUGCAUGGCAUUCCUAGGACCAUUGUAUCUGAUAGAGAUGUUAAAUUCCUGAGCUAUUUUUGGAAGACACUCUGGUCUAAGUUAGGCACCAAAUUGCUAUUCUCUACUGCUAGCCACCCCCAAACUGAUGGUCAAACCGAGGUGGUAAAUCGUACAUUAGUUGCGAUGGUGUGGCGGUUAGAGAAUGGUUUGCAGCUGGUUGAGGGUGCAGUCAGGAAUGAAGCUCACGGUUCUCACAUCUCUCCAUUCGAGUGUGUUUAUGGUUUUAAUCCGCAAACACCACUUGAUCUAGUGCCAUUACCUAAUAAUGAGCGUGCGCAUUUGGAUGGUAAGAAACGUGCAGAGUUUGUUAAGCAACUGCAUGAGAAAGUCAGGGCCAACAUUGAGAGGAGAACUGCUCAAUAUGUGAAGCAAGCCAACAAAGGGCGCCAAAAGCUGAUUUUCGAACCCGGGGAUUGGGUGUGGUUGCACAUGAGCAAGGAACGAUUCCCUGUUCAAAGGAGAAAUAAAUUACACCCACAUGGUGAUGGACCGUUUCAGGUGUUGGAGCGCAUCAAUGACAACGCCUACAAACUUGACCUUCCUGGUGAGUAUGGAGUUAGUGCUACAUUUAAUGUCUCUGACUUAGCUCCUUUUGAUGCAGAUGAUGCGUUUGAUUUGAGGGCAAAUCUUUCUCAAGAGGAGGGGAAUAAUAGCAUCAUGCCUAUUUGGAGGAAAACGAUAUUUUUCAGUGAGGAGGGAAACAACAACAAUAAUAGGAGUUCCAAGGUUGAAGAAGGAAAGGCUUUUGCCGAAGAAGGGGACAAUAAGGAGGGCAAGAAGUUGGAGGUGAGCGGAAUGGAGGAGGAGAAUAUGAAAUUAUUGGAGAAUAAUGGGCAAGAAGAUGUUGGCAAGAAUGAGUUUAGGGAGAAUGGAGAGUUGGGGAACAAGGAAUUGAAUUUGGAGAAGGGUAAGGAAGAAGGGGCAGAGGAGGAGAGGAGGGAGAAUAAAGAAGGAAAAGUGAGUGAUGAGGGGGAGGAAGGAAAGGGGGAUUGUGAUGGAAGAAGGCGUUAUGCAAGCCAGAGGAAAUCGAGUGUGGAGGCGAGGUUAAAGUUGGUGAGAAUGAUUAUAGAGGAGGAAGAGUCGGAGGAAGGGGAAAAGAGCAGAAGAAAGUGGAGAAGACGACCCAAGGGGAAGAAGGAAGUUGGCAGUGAAUCAGAAGGGCAUCAGGAAGAUGUGAAAGGAGAAAGCAAGAAGAGAAGGCAAGGGAGGAGGCCGUCUAAUGCUGCAGUAGAGAAAGGAGGAGAGGAGAAUGGUGGGAGUGGUGGUGAAUUAAUGAGGGGAGAGGAAAAGGAGCAGGGGGAAACUGAGAAGAAAAAGGGAGGAAAAAAGCGGCACAAAAACAAAGGAGGAGGAGCUGGAGAAGAAGGAAAGGGAGAGAAGGAAGAGAAACUGGUGACGUGGGAAGAAGCUAAACCGAAGAGAGUGCUCAAGGAUGAGAAUGGUAUCUUAAUUGAGUCCAAUAUGUGUCAUCAGUGCCAGAGAAAUGACAAAGAAGAGGUUAUUCGCUGUACCAUGUGUAAGACGAAGAGAUAUUGUACUCCCUGCAUAAAAUCUUGGUACCCUGGUGUUCCACAAGAGGCUUUUGUGGAGUCAUGUCCUGUUUGUCGGAAGAAUUGCAACUGCAAAGCCUGUUUACGCAUGGAGAUGCCAAUAAAAGACAAGGAGAAAUUAGAACUGGAAUUCAGUGCUGCAGAAAAGGUUGAGUACUCAAAGUAUAUCCUACAACUGCUUCUGCCAUACCUGAAACAAUUAAAUGAGGAACAGAUGAUGGAGAAGGAGAUAGAGGCAAAGCUCAAAUAUUUGUCAGUGUCAGAGAUCAAGGUAGAGAGAGGAAGCUGUGAGGAUAGUGAGAGAAUUUUUUGCAACAACUGCAAAACUUCUAUUGUUGACUACCACCGAAGCUGCCCCAAUUGCUCUUAUGACCUUUGUCUUCGUUGUUGUCGAGAGCUUAGGGAUGGCUGUCUGCAAGGGAGUGAUAAGGGAAGGACUGCAGAAUUUAUUGAUCCGGGGCCAGAUUACUUGCAUGGUGGUGAGACAUGUCAUGCUAAGGGUUCAACUAAGAGCAGAAUGUGUGUUAGAUGGUCCCAAACUGAAACUGAUACAGAGAUGAUUUGUGAUGCACAAAUUGAGAACGCUUCUGUGGAUGAUGUGGACAUAGUUAGCCAAUGGAAAUCCAGUAAAGAUGGUAGCAUUCCCUGCCCUCCCUCCAAACUGGGUGGCUGUAGUCAGGGAUUUUUGGAACUCAAGUGCUUGAUUUCAGAGAUUGAGAUUUCUGAGUUGCUUGUGAGGGCAGAGAAAAUGAUAAAAGAAUUCAAACUUGAAGAUGCUCCUGAAAUUUCUAAGAAGUUGUGUUCGUGUUCAAAAUCUGCAGAUGGACUUAAUGUUAGCUGUGGUAACUUGCGUAAAGCAGCUUCUCGUGAAGAUUCUCAGGACAACUUUUUGUACUGUCCAAAAGCUGUUGAACUUCAGCCUGAGGAUCUGAAGCAUUUUCAAUGGCAUUGGAUGAAAGGUGAACCUGCGAUUGUCAGGAAUGUUCUUGAUACAACAUUGGGUUUGAGCUGGGAACCAAUGGUGAUGUGGCGUGCUUUUCGCCAGAUUAAAAAUGUUAAUCAUCCAAUUCUUUUGAAUGUAAAUGCUAUAAGUUGCUUAGAUUGGUGUGAGGUUGAUAUUAAUGUACACCAGUUCUUUCGAGGUUAUUCCGAGGGUAACUUUGACAGUUAUGGAUGGCCACAGAUUUUAAAGUUGAAAGAUUGGCCUCCAUCUAGUUUAUUUGAGGAGCGGUUACCUCGUCAUAAUGCUGAGUUUAUUAAUUGCUUGCCUUUUAAGGUUUAUACUCAUCCACGUGGUGGGUAUUUAAAUCUUGCUGUCAAGCUUCCAAAGAAUUGCUUGAAGCCAGACAUGGGGCCAAAAACAUAUAUUGCAUAUGGAUAUGCUGAGGAACUUGGACGUGCAGACUCUGUUACCAAGCUUCACUGUGAUAUGUCUGAUGCGGUGAAUGUGCUGACACAUACUGAAGGUGUUGUCCUAAAACCUGAAGAGCUUUUGAAAAUUGAAAAAUUGAAACAGAAGCACUCUGCACAGGAUGAAAGAGAGCUAAGCAGAUAUGGAAAGACAUCUCAUCAUAUAUUUGACAUGCAGGAUGAGGCUGAAGGGAAAAUUUCUGUAAGCAACUGUUUGAGGAUUCCGCAGAGGGUGGGGAUUGAUGUUUUGGAAUUGAAUUCUGAAACCAAAGAACUCAAAGUAUCUGAUCAGGUUGGGGGAGGCUUGCAAACUAUGUUUGAGAAGGGAGGGAGGAAGAAUGGAGAUAAUGGAGAAGUUAACCAUGAGACUAUGCAUAUUGAUACUAGUGCUAGUGGCAAUGGUGUGAAGGAAGGUGGUAAAAGGAAGAGAGGAAGAAAAAAAGGAGAGAAGAAUAAAGCUGAAAACAUUGAGAGAAAUAGUCUGAUUGAUGCUGAAAAUGUUGAUCAAGAAAAUGGAAGAUCUUACAUCUCACUGGAAGUUCAGAGAAGUCAUGAUACUGAGCUUGAAUUUGUUGAUGUGCAAAAUAGAGUUGAAUGUAAUGAAACAAGUAUAGAUGGAAAAUUGGAUGAAAGGAAGGGGGUAGACGUUGUUGAAGUCUUAAGAAACAAUGUUGAAGGGUUUGCGGACAUGGAUAGUGGUGCUUUGUGGGACAUAUUCAGGAGGCAGGAUGUGCCUAAAUUAGAACAGUAUCUCAUGAAACACUAUAAGGAAUUCAGACAUGUUUAUUGUCGUCCACUAGAACAGGUGGUUCACCCAAUACAUGAUCAAAGUAUAUACUUAACUAUGGAACAUAAGAGGAGGCUCAAAGAGGAAUAUGGUAUUGAACCAUGGACUUUUGUUCAAAAACUGGGCGAUGCUGUUUUCAUACCUGCUGGCUGUCCUCACCAAGUCAGAAAUUUGAAGUCAUGCAUAAAGGUUGCCCUCGACUUUGUCUCACCUGAAAAUGUUGGUGAGUGUGUCCGUAUGACUGAAGAAUUCCGUGUACUUCCUCAGAACCACAGAGCAAAGGAAGACAAAUUGGAGGUCAAGAAAAUGACAUACUAUGCAAUGAAGGAAGCCAUCAUUGAUUUGGAGAAUAGGUGAAUUGACUUUGCGUAAUGGGUUAAAUUUGUUGAUGACUUCAGAUUAUCGCUUUGAAAGUUUCAGGUGUACACAAAAGUUUUUUGUUGAUGGAAGUUCCAUCAUGGAAGUGGAUCUCUACAUGGUUGUGCUCGUUCAGAGUUGAACGACAGUUUUGUUGGCUUGUGAAGAUAUCCUUUUGAAUCUACUGUGUACUUGUGACACUAGAUAUUGAUAUUGCUGAUGCUAGUGAUAGAAAUUGUAUCAUGGUAAUUAUGAUUUCUGACUAAAUUUCUUUAGUCAAAUUCUAUGUGGGUGAUAUAUUGGCGUAACUUGUUCAGAACUGGUUUUUCUGACUGCAAAUGGAAUGGGGAUAAAAUUAUUGCAAUCUGAGAUAUUCCACGUGGGCGUAUAGUGGGGGAGUGUCAUCUGAAGUAAAAAAUGCUUUACUCAUCAGCUCCAUUUUGGAGCUGUUCGUGUUGGAGGCACUGUUCAGACAACUUUGUAUGUAGAAACUAUAUGUAUAUACAUAUAGUUUUGGUAUAU